AUGUGGGCCGUCGACAGUGGUGCAACGCACCACAUUUGCCACGACAAGACCAAGUUCGCAAGUUUGGCAGAGCGCAAUGAGGGCGAACUCUUGGUGGCUGAUGGCAACAAGGUGGCCAUCAAGGGUGUGGGAACCAUCAUGGAAAAGGUGGUUCUGCCCAACGGUGAAGAGCGUGAGAUCGAAAUCAAGAACGCGCUAUAUGUUCCAAGUAUGAGCAAGAACCUGCUCUCGGUGCCACAGAUUAACAGCCAUGGCAAGUUUCAAGUCGUGUUUGACGGGUCCAAGAUGUAUGUGACUCUCAAGAACUCACAGCAAGUGGUGGCGACAGCGGAUCUCGUGGAUGGACUCUACUGGCUUCCGGACGACUCAACGAUCAGCGAAUGUGACAACAAGUGGAACCAGUUGUGCCGAUCUACAUGCGAGAAUGGGUCAUGCUCCAGUCGACGUGCUUCGCAAGAUGGUCUCCAACAACAUGAUCAAAGAUGUGGGAGUGCCUCUCAAGUCAAGUGGAUCAGGUACAUGUCGAGGAUGUCAGCAAGGGAAAUGGUCCAAAAACCAUUUCCAAGCAACCGAGACAAGCGCAGCUACGAUACGUUUGAGCUACUUCAUCUGGACAUCUGCGGGCCCAUGGAAAAGGAUUCGCUCGAUGGCAGCAAAUAUUUGCUGCUGAUCAUCGACGAAGCCAGUGGAUGCAUGAAGGGCUUUUGUCUACGAGUGAAGUCCGAGAGUGAAGACUACAUCCGGAAAUAUAUCACCAUGGUACAGACGCAAUUCUGUAAGAAGGUCAAGUUCGUGCGACACGACGGAGCUCGCGAGUUUGCAACGAACUCGCUUCAAGAUUUCUACGAGGAUGAAGGCAUUGAACAGCAGACGACGGUGCCGUAUGCACACCAGAACAACGGAACAGCAAUCGCGCCAUCGGGACUAUCGUCACGAUCGGCCGCAGCAUGCUUCACCAUGCCAAGUUGGACAAGUGCUUCUGGGCUGAAUUAG